GUUUCUUUUGGCCCCAGCGACGCGCCGUCGCUCGGGAGGAGGCGUUCACUAGAGGAAGUGAUGGCGACUGGGACGCCAGAUUCUCAAGCGCGAUUCGGUCAGUCUGUGAAGGGGCUCCUCACAGAGAAGGUGAACACCUGUGGUACGGACGUCAUCGCGCUCACUAAGCAGGUGCUGAAGGGCUCCCGGAGCUCCGAGCUGCUAGGUCAGGCAGCUCGAAACAUGGUACUACAGGAAGAUGCCAUCUUGCACUCAGAAGAUAGUUUAAGGAAAAUGGCAAUAAUAACAACACAUCUCCAAUACCAGCAAGAAGCUAUUCAGAAGAAUGUUGAGCAGUCUUCUGAUCUACAGGACCAGCUGAAUCAUCUGCUGAAAUAGUGCAGCUUGUAAGAGGGCAAAAGCACUUCUGUGCCGACACUGAGAAGGAAAUCUUUUACUUAACCACUGUGCUAUGGGUUUGACUUUCCAUUUUCUUCUCCAAAAGUUAAGUUAGAACAGAUUUGUGAUGGUGUAUAAUUCCCCCUGAAAGAAGCUAGGUGGUUGAAUUUUGGAAGUACUUCUUGAAGCAGAGUAACCCAUGGUCUUACUGAAUUUUUUAAUUGCUCUGUUUAGUUUGGUGUUAAAGUAAAAUUAAAAGAGGUCUUAGUUUUUCCCCUAGAACUUUUAUAUGUCAAAAGCCACAUCAACUAAAUAUGAUCCUUAAGCAAAUACUGAAUAAUGUUUUAAAUUCAGAA